AAAAAACCAAUGACAUGUGUGUGUGUAGUGUGAUGUGUUGUUCAUCUCUUCUCUCUUGAGAAAUGAAAAUCCAGAAACCCUAAACGUAAAAUUCAUCGAUUACCGUUCAAAAUGAUGAAGAAGAAAGUUCCCGAUUGGCUUAACAGCUCUCUCUGGUCAGCACCAACUGUUCCUCCCUCCCCCGCCACCACCACCACCACCGCCACCACCACCACCACCACCACCGAGGAAUCCUCCCCCGUCCACAGCCCAAUUUCACCUCCGCAACCUCCGUCUCCUCCCAUCGUAGUUCAAGAUCCUCCACCUAAGCAGAUAAUUGAAGAUUCUCGAUCCGACGAUCACCAUGACCACGACGUGCCUCCUUCCGCUUACGACGUCUCUCACCAUGCUCAAUUAUUGGCUGAGUUGUCGAAGAAGGUGAUGGAUUUGCGGGAAUUGAGAAGGAUCUCGUGUCAAGGUGUGCCUGAUUCCGCUGGGAUACGUUCUACAUUGUGGAAGCUUUUGCUUGGAUAUCUUCCACCGGAUCGAGCGCUCUGGUCAUCUGAAUUAGCUAAGAAGAGGUCACAAUACAAACAGUUCAAAGAGGAGAUUCUCAUGAAUCCUUCAGAAAUCACAAGGAGGAUGUACAACUCCACUAUUGGUGAUGCUGAUGAUGCCGCCAAACGUGACAGGGCCCUGCUCUCUAGAUCAGAAAUUCCUCAUGAUGAGCAUCCUUUGAGUCUUGGGAAGACCAGUGUAUGGAAUCAGUUCUUCCAGGAUACAGAAAUCAUAGAUCAGAUUGACCGAGAUGUAAAGCGCACUCAUCCUGAUAUGCAUUUUUUCUCUGGUGAUUCUAAAUUUGCAAAAUCUAACCAGGAGGCUUUAAAGAACAUAUUAAUUAUUUUUGCAAAGUUAAAUCCAGGAGUAAAGUAUGUCCAAGGGAUGAAUGAGUUAUUGGCACCUCUAUUCUAUGUGUUCAAAAAUGACCCAGACGAAGAAAAUGCAGCCUUCGCCGAAGCUGAUGCAUUCUUUUGUUUUGUUGAGCUAUUGAGUGGGUUGCGAGAUAACUUUGUUCAACAACUAGACAAUAGUGUUGUGGGAAUCCGUUCAACUAUUACAAAAUUGUCACAGCUUUUAAGAAAACAUGAUGAAGAGUUGUGGCGUCAUCUUGAGAUCACUUCCAAAAUCAAUCCCCAAUUCUAUGCAUUUAGGUGGAUCACUCUCCUAUUGACUCAGGAAUUCAAUUUUGCUGACAGUCUUCAUAUUUGGGACACUCUUUUAGGUGACCCAGAGGGUCCACAGGAGACUCUUCUCCGGGUGUGUUGUGCAAUGCUAAUUCUCAUUCGCAAGCGCCUCCUAGCGGGUGAUUUCACUUCAAAUCUCAAGCUGCUACAAAAUUACCCCUCGACAAACAUUAGCCAUUUGCUCUAUGUUGCCAAUAAGUUUCGUGUACAGUCAGUCUAAGGGUUUUUGUUCCCCGCAUUUUUUGCAUUUUGCUUUUGUAUCUCUAAUUUAGUGUUUGAAAUCCAAUGUUUGUAAAUGACUCUAAAUUUGAGGCUGUAGCAACUUUUUAUUUUUCUCGUACUUUUUAGUUUUUUUUUCCUUCAUGUGCCUUCUAUCAAUUUGUGCUUGGUGAAACAUGCGUAUAUUCACAUCUCCCCACUCUUCAAAGAAUAAUAGUUUGUUUAGACA